AGAAAAAAAAAAAAAGAAAAAAAAAAUAAGAAAAUAUUUACUUUUCAUUACAUAAAAAAAAAAAAAAAAGAAUAUACAUUCUGGUUCACAACCCAGAAUUGAAAAAAUAUAAAAUCCUAGAAUUUUACUUGCAUAACACAUUUGUACAUACACGCUCAUUUCUGAUCCUUUAUAUGAAGAUUGUUUCAAAUAAACAAUACUAACAACUAAUUUUUUUUUGCAAAUGUUUAGUAUUCCUACUUUCCAAUAUAAGAAUAUGCUAGAAGAAAAAAAAAAUUAUGCAAUAAAAUACAAUAUACUAGUAAUGGUAAUAUAAAACAGGAAGAUUAUAAAUGUUGAAUGUUUUCAAUAUUACAAAAUAAUAAUGAUUAAUAUAAUUAUUUCUAAGAAAUUUCUAGACAGUCAUUUGUUAAUUGUCUCAAAAAAUGUCAUACAUUUUAUAAUGCUCUUAUCUAUUCUAAUAUUAUUUUAACUUUUGAAUACAUAAAGAGCAGUUAAGAUGAAUUCUAAAUCAUUAUUGUUGCACUCUAAAUAUGUGCCAUGCAAAAAUAAUACACGCUGGAAGAUGUCACAUAAGCGUAGAAGAAAUCAUUGUUCUAAUUACAUCUUACAUCGAAUAUCAUUGCAAUUAUGGAUUGUUAGUAAUCAUGUAUUUAUAUUUAAAUGCGUAAUUCUGAUAUAUCUUAAUAUCUAAUUUCAUAGGAUAAAUUUUAUGAAAACGAGCUUGAUGAUGAUAGUUCAGAGAUCAAAUUUAUAAAGAAAAAAUUAACUAAAAUAGAUGAAAGAUAUGGAUUUAUGAAAUUUCUUCCUUUGAUGAUAGAAAUAAAACCAAGAAUAACACAAAAUCAUGUAAUAAAGAAAUCUAUAUUAGAAAGAAGGCAACAUCGUAUGUGUUAUGCGAUAUUUGGUGGAACCAGAAAAAGUACAUACAGGGCGGAAUUAUAUAGAUCAGUUUUAAUAGCAAAACCAGAUCAUGCGUGUUUUCAUAACUUUCAAAAAAAUAUUUUAUACAGAAAGACAAUAAUAUUAACAAAUAUUAGUAAUACUUCGACAAAAUUUCAAAUACAGCCUAUAUCUCGUCAUUCUAAGUUUAUAGUUAGAAUUCAAAAUAAAAAAUUAGGAACAAAUUUUAUUGCCCCGGGAAUGCAACUCAAGUUAAUUGUUUCUUUUUAUACCGAUGAUUUAUACGAGGAAGAAGAAAUUAUUACUGUAUAUGUUCAACAUGGAAGACCAAUUAAUAUUAAAUUACAAUGUAUUAGAGAUCCUCCUACAUUGAAAAGAAUUAUCAUACCACAUUUACUGUCUGCAGAAUCUGAGAUAAAUACUUUAUAUUCAACUGAGAGUACUACGGUGUCUAGCAAUUCAUGUAUAACUGAGUAUUCAAAUACUAUCAGAGAGUUUAAUAAAUAUUAUUCUAACAAAAGAUCAUUAAUGAGUGCUGUUAACUCUGACAUGAUUUUUGAAUGUGGAAAAUGUUUUGUUGGUGAACAGGUUGCCUUACAAAUAAGAUUUAAAAAUAUUGGAGCCGAUGGAAAAUUCAUUUUAAUAAGUGAAAUUGAUUGGUACAGCAUGUGUAUAGAAGAUAUCACAGAUCUAAAUAUACUCAGUUUACAAUGCUUCGCUGUAUGGCCAGCAUAUUUUGUUUUGAAAACGCAAGAAGAUAUAUACAUUCAUACAUAUUUCUUUCCUGAUUCAUACGGAAUGCAUGUUGAUACAUUCUACAUAAUUACUGACAAUUAUUCUGUUAAAUCCUUUGAAUUAAUCGGCGAUGGUAUUAUGUAUGAACCACAGACUUUUCAAAUUAAUAGCCAAUCGGAAGGGACAUAUUUAUCCUUGACAAAAAUUGAUAUGGAAUCUGUUGUUCAUUAUGAUCUAAAUAUACAGAGAAAUUUUUUAAAAGAAUUUGAAGUUAUAACUAAGAAAAUUUCAAUAACUAAUACCAGUCAAAUGUAUAUGUUUUUUCGUUGGGAAAAAUGUUCAGUAAAAGUUAAAGAAAAAAAUGAAAUCGAGAAUGAAAUCGAAGGUGAAAACGACGAUGAAAACUUUUUGGAUUACUUUUAUAUAAUACCUGAAAGUGGUAUUUUUUUUGCUUCUGUUGAUUUAAAUUUUAACAUAAUAAUUACAAUUCCAUCACUUAAUUUGCCUGACGGUCACAUAUAUGGCCUUCUUCAAUUAUAUAUUGAAGAUAUACCUCAAGCUGCUAUAUCAAAAAGCCAUAAAUUAUGGACUACAGAAAGUCAAACAAAAAGACGUGUUUGCACUACUAAUUCUGUGGAUAUCUUAGUGGCUGAUAUUAAAUUAAUACAAACUUUGUAUUAUGAUGCAUCAUUUAAGGAGAAAUCAGAUGAAUAUAUCGAUAAAGAUAUUCUUGAAAUUGAUAUAUCACAAUCGUCGAUAAAAAAAGAUUGGUCAGAUAUAGAUCUAAAUAUAUAUAGUGAUCAAAAAUCUAUAACAAUGCCAGCAUUGAUGAUGGAAGAAUUAUUUUCCGCUCAUGAUAUUAUUGACAUAGAAACAAUAAAAUCAUUUAUUUGUGAACCUAUUAUCAGUCAUGGAGUUCUACGACCACUUAGAUUAUUUAUUGGAAUAAAAGAAAUGUUUACUGUGAAUAUAAAAAAUAUGACAACCACUUCAGUUUCAUAUAAUUGGGGUAAUCCUAUAGGAUUAGAUUGCUUAAAGUUAAAACUUAUUUUCUGCUGUGAAAGUGAUUGCAUCCCAGCAGGAGUUACAAAAAAUAUACAAAUCAUUUUUUGUCCAAUAGAAGAGGGAUAUGUUGAAUCUUUUUAUAUACCAUGUUAUAUUGAGCAUUCACCAAAAAUUAUAUUUUUACAAGUUGAAUGUGAGAUCAAGUCACUUUAUGUUACCUUUCAUAUACCAUAUUCAGAUGAUAUUUUAAAAACAUCUGACAUUUGCUUUGAAUGGCAUACCUCCAAUAUUACUAUUCGGCCUAAUUUAUUGAUGCUACAAAACUCAAUGCUAAACAAAACUAUUUCUGGGAAAAGUGAUAUUAUUAACAAUUUACAAAAGUAUUCUUUAGAAUCUUUUUAUAUGAAUCAAAGUAUAUAUUAUGAAAAAACAGGAGAAAUUGAUUACGACGAAGAUGAAGCAUUUAAUCAAUUAGUACCUUUUGAUAAAACUAUAUCAAUAUGUCAUCCGGUUACAAUUGAAUUUUUGGAAGUACCUUUAGGAGUUGUUACAAAGAAAACGUUUUUGAUCAAAAAUGAAACUCCUAUUGCAUCAAGCUUUUGGUUGAAAAUAAAUAAUUUUUAUCCAGUUUAUAUAACAGAAAAAGAAAAAAUAAAGAAAGAUAUGAUACAAUCUAUUUAUAAAAUGAUAAUAAGUCAGCAUACAGAUGAUAUUUGGAAUGAAAUAAAACAGCCUAAUUCUGGCAUACUUAUUUACGUAAAUCCUUUUUUAACAGAAUUAACUCCGUACAAAGACGUAUUUAUAGAUAUAUAUGUAUUCGUUGAUACAUGGGGAAUUUAUACAGAUGAAUUGGAAAUAAAUAUUCUCGGAUUACCGCCAUAUAUAUUAAGCAUUUGUGUGCAAGUUACAGAAAUGCCUAUAUCAUUUCCGAUAUGUGAAAAAACACAACUAAAAAUACCAAUGUGUAGAUUUGGAAUUCUUUCUGCUAGUUCACAAGAAGAAGUCAGAAAAAUUUUUAUGAAAAAUAAAAGCAGCGUACCAUUAAUCAUAAACUGGCAAAUUGUUUCAAUAGAAAGUUUCUCUGAAAGUUAUCCUAUGCCAUUUAAUGUCAUCUUACAUAUGCGUACUCACUUUACAAAUAAAUUAGCAAUGGCUUUAAGAAAAUUGAAAGAGAAAAAUGAAAAUGAUAAUUUAUUAAGAAAACGUUUAGAGGUCUAUGUAUUUCAAAAGAAUUGUCAGACGUUAAAUGAUUCGCAAUGCAUCAUUUCUACAGAUUCAGAUUCAAAUUAUGAAUUUGAUAUCUUUGAAUACGAAAUGUGCUCUAGUGUUUUUAAUGAUCGAUAUACAAAUAAUGGGAGACGAAUUAACAAAUCUCAAAGUACAGAGUUUCAAAUAGAUUUGAUUCCUAAUAAUCUAAUAGAUAGUACAAUUUGUACAAUUUCUCCUGAGGAAACUUUUAUACCACCCAAAGGAAAAGCAUACGUCGAAAUAAAAAUAUUUCCAAAUAAAUGUCCGCUAUAUAAAGAUAGAUAUAAAAUAUCUUGUAAUGCAUUGGGUUUUAUACAAAUUGCUCCAAUGGACGAAUACAAGAAGAAAUAUUAUUGUAGGCACAAUAGUUUAUUAACACCAAUAACGAUUCAAAUCGAAGCACAAAUUGUUUUAUCACGUCUUACUUAUGAUAUUCCUAAAUUUAAUAGAUCGUUCACAUUUUAUGCAGACGAUGUAAUGAUAAGUUCGCAUCAUACAAUAAAGAUUAAUAAAACUUACGUAUUUUAUAAUAAAGGAGAAAGCCCGAUAAUUGCAAAAUUUGAAGUAAAUGAUCCAUUUACAAUAGAU